CGUGGCGCGACCGUGAUGCAUACUCUUUCUGAACUCGAUCGUGCAAACCUUAUUACCUAAUACAAUCGUGGCGAUCUGACUAACAGUGUGGAGAAUAACGCCGGUAUUUCGUCAUUCAGUUCGUUAUUCUGAUUUGUAAGGUCGUGGAGCGUCAAGUAACGCUUUGCUUCGUUAAAAGACUUUUCUAGAACAAGCGAUCACUACUACUCUCUUUCGAAAGCUGAAGUCAAACAUGGACGGUGGUGGAAGCGAUUCGUUUGAUCCAUGUGAGUGUAUAUGCAGCCACGAAGGUGCAAUGCGAAGACUUAUUUCUUUGGUAAGUACUAAUUAUUUUUUUGUUAUGGCUUGAUCUAGUAAAUAUGUUUCUUUCUCGUAAGUUAAAUUUUGUUCGCAAGGUAUGUUAAAUCUUGUGUGCUGAGAUGUCCGGUUCAUCUUUGCAGCUGAGAUCCUCUCAGAGUUAUUGUACAGAUAACCAGUGCUUGCAAGAAUGUAAGUUAUCCUUUUUUUCUUGCUUGGGCUAUUUGGGAAUGAAUAAUGUAUUUUAGAAUCUCGACAAGGGUGAUUGAUUUCAGAAAAGGUCUGGUCGGUUGAUGAUUUAUCUGCGAAUUGGUAGCUCUUAAUACUCGUUGACAUACACGGAAUAACGGUGUACCAGCAAGCAAACGAAGGAACAGUGUUUGUCAUGAUUAUUCGGUGAACUACAAGUUUUAAAACGUAAAGUUGUGAUAAAUUUAUAUGUGCCCAAACCCUAAGAAGCAAGUGAAUUGCUGUUGUCUUUACCCUUCAUCCUUGAGCUUCAAUUUGUUUUGAAUUCUUCUGAUAACAAUUUGAAGCCGUUAGUGUUUUUCAAGGCAAAUUAAUUAUUUAUGGAAAAUAAAGUCUCCUAAAAAGUUGGAAGUCAAGGGUCAUUUCCUAAAAACUUUCUAUUUGAGGAAUCUGUCCACUGAUAUGCAAAACCAUUGUUACUAAACGUACAAAGUGGAAAUGUUUUCUAGUUGGAAUUUUAAACUCUCACGUGAUGUGCGUGUGCGAAUAGAAUUUUAAAAUAUAAGUAUAAUUUUUCAAUAUCACAAAGUAUCUAUGAGUUAGAGGAUAUCUCAAAUUACCUAGUAAUUAUGCAGAUGAGAAACAUUAAGUUUCCAUUCAAACAACUAAGUGGUCCCAACUUAAAAUUAUAGUGGAGCUUUAUUCAUUUGGCUUAUAUAAGUUGUUUCUCCUCUCAUUUAGUCGUUCUAUUUUAUGAUUAAUUAUAAUUUAUCAUUAGUUUGUGAUCCAUAGUACUUAUUUUUGUUCUAAGUUUGGUUUUCUUGUAUGCCACGCAGUGCCAGGCCCACAGGGAAAUGAUACUGGAGGAGACAGUCACACUGCAUUCUAUAUUAUGAUAGCCUGGUUGAUUAUUGCUUUUGUCUUGUAUCUACUCAGGUAAUAACUUCAGGUUUUAUGUCUUAAUGCAUGAUGAGAGUAAUGUAAUUUUUACAUUACUUCCAGCUACAUUUAGUCAAUGUGUGAGAAGCAGAAAAAUUGCAUCAUUAGUGGUGGUUGACCUACAAAAAUCCAGUUUAUAAGCAAACAAGAUAGACUUGCAUCAAUGUAAAUUGUUUUAUCAUUACUAAGGGGCAUGAUUACUUGUUUUCAGACCCCAGAGUAUGAGACAAGGUCCAGAGAAACCAAGUCGCAGUGACGUAAGUUGAAUAGUUAGCAUUAUACUCUAUCAAUCAACACUAAAAAAAUUUACCCCAAUUGAUUUUCCCCUCAUGUCCACCCUGAUGAAAGCAUUAUUUUAAAAUUUCAUCUAAGAUAAGGGAGAGUUUAGCUUUUGUUACAGGAGGGGCAUGUUUGUUCAUAAGGUUGUACUAGAGAACACUGUAAAGUUUAUAUCUCAUGCAGCACACUGUAAGCUGUUCAUAAAAAAAGUUUCCUUGGGGGAAAAAGAUGCUCCUAUUUUUGUCCUUGGACUUCAUCUGUUCCUUGAAGCUUACAUUUCUCCUUGAGCUUGACAUUUAGUAAACUGUUUGCAUCUCGGAACACAUGUUUGCAGACAAAUUUGGGGUCAAAUGGAGACUACUAUUUUUAUAUCUGUAAUGGAAAGGUAUUUUGAUGUGUCUUUACAAGUUGUUCAAGUUAUUGAUUAAAAUAUAUUUUCCAAAUUUGUUAGGAUCAGGGUCUAAGGUGAGGUGUUAUUAGCGUUCAAUUACGUAUUGGUUGUCAAUACCCCAUACUUCCCAGGUAUCCCUUUACACCUCUAUUAGCUGAAGAAUAUACAUAAUUUUGAGAGAUUUUCUACCCCAAAUCAGAAAAUGGGUGCACUCUGUCUGGUAAUUUGGUUCUUAUGACGACUGAAAUCAUACUUUAAAAGAAAACAGGCACAGAUUGGAACUGGAUUGAAUUUUGGUUCUUAUGUGGCACCAAGGGUUAUCUUUCUCUCUCUUUUUUUUCAAUUGUUGCAAUUUUUAUCUUUAUUCUCAUCAUUUUCAGAGAGAUCCUGGCCCUCAACCUCCAGCACCUCCUGUGCAUUAGAUGGACCACUCUCAUUGACCUCUGAUAACAAGGAUUGACUUGUUACCAUAUAGUGACAUUAAUAUUGGCAAUUAGAUUAGGCAUAAACAUGUAGUAAGCAAGAUAAUGUACAGGAUGUGUUAUUACCUUCAGUCAGAUGAAUUGUAAACUCAAGUUCUGUGUCUGAGAAGUGGGAUUAAGGUUCAUAUGUAGUGAUCCAAAGCACAAUCUGUUAUUAGCUGUAAGUUAAAUGCUAAACAAUUCUCUGAAUAUUUGUAAAUAAGUGUUCCCCUCCUUAAUGCAAGCCCAAGAUGCAUUUAUUUAAAUAUGGGGACUGCUCAAGUUCAUUAUGUUAGUUUGAGUGAAUCAUUUUGUAGUUUCCUAGUUCCAUAAGAUGUGAAUAGAUGAUAGAUUGGAUUGAUAAUUCUUUAGAAGUACUGAAUUUUGUUUUGUGUAACAUGGGGGGGAUUGGACAGUACUUUGGGUAGGAGUGCAAUAUUAUUGAAACUCUUGAAGAAACUUUAGAGGUUUAUCCAAAUGUUAAAUGGUUUGUUUACUCAACUUGUUCCUCAUGCUAAUCAAUGCACAAAAGCAAGGAUUCAUGGGGAUUUUUGAACCAGUCAUUGAACAGCACAUGAAUAAAAAGGAGGAAUUGGUGGGAGGUUUGAAACAGAGAACAGAACACAUACAAGUAUCCAUGCUGAAAAAGAAAUUGUUUAUCUGUGUAAAUACUGAGAUUAUGGGUAAAUAGUGGGAUAACUGUAUCAAUAAUAACAGUGCAAGUUAUAUUACAGAAGGCAUUCUUUAAAUUGGUACAUGUAGAUAAAAAAUUAAACAUUACCAUUUAGGAAUGUUAUCUAUUUAUUGCUUUUCAUAAUGUAACAUCAUUCUUAAAGUGUAAUUUUCAAUUUGCUCUUUCUAACUUGUGUCUGCUGGGGUUAGUAACCCAUCAACAAAUUAAGAAUUACUCCUGCAGUAAAAAAAAUGGCAGUUUUAUUAUUAUUACAAUUGAUUAUUGAUAAGUUAUGCCAAUGCCUACUAGUGUACAAUUAUUG